GGCAGUCAGCUGCGGAAACAUAUUCACACAAGUUUAUUGUUUCUUAUAAAUUUUUAUAGGUUUUAGCGUAUUUAAGAUAAUUUAAUUUUUUGGAAUGUUUUCACGUAAAAAACCUGAAGCACCAAAAAAACGAAAUCAUAAUUUAUCACAGUUUGGAUUAACGGAAAUUCCAGAUGAUUUCGAUCCUAGUUGUUUCUCAGGUGCAGAUGACGAGAAUGAUAGCGAUUUGGAGGCAGAGUUGGCAGCUAUAGCUGGGGAUGAUGGAAAAAUUAGAUCUAAACCGAAGCCUAGAUUAAUGCCUCCUAAUGAUUUAGAUAAAAUGGUAGCAGAGAGUUUGAAGGAUAUUGGCAGCGAUGAUGAUGAGGCCGAUGAUGACGCUGAAAACGAUCCAGAUUUGUUAGGUGAAUUACAAACUAUUACAGGCGUCAGUACUACCGUCUCAGAAGAUAUCGAAAUAAUGGGAGAAUUGGAAAAUAAAACAGACGAUCAAAUGGAAGCAUCCGAAACCCCAGAAAUAUUUAUAGCGACUACAACUACAAAUAUAGUAGAGACAUUGAAACAGCGUAUUGAAAUGUAUAAAAAGGCUGAGGCGAACGCAAAAGAGAUGGGGGAAGCUUCCAAAGUGAGACGAUUUGGUCGAGGCUUAAAAACCUUGAAUGAUUUAUUGAAACAAGCAUGCUCUGGUAAAGUUAUUAAUCCGGAUGAUAUACCACCGGAAGUUAGCUUGAAGCCUUCUGCUGAAGUAACUACGGAUCAAAAACCCAAUACGCCUGAAGGGCAGGAUAGGUCUUCGGCAGAGCCCGGUAACGGUUCCAUUCCCAUUCGUAAAGCACCACCACCACCAUCACCACCACAUGUCGACCCAGAAGCUCAGAACGAACCUUCAAACGAAGCCCCCAAUGCCGCUAACCCUGUGAUCCAAAAGAUGCGCAGUCUCCAGCAAGAAUAUAAAGCUGCGGCUCUUCAAUCCAAGCGUGCCGGGGACACUGCCAUGGCCUUGCAAUUUCUCAAAGUAGUUAAACAGUUUGACGUCGUCAUUAAGAUGUGCGAAGAUGGUCAGGAAGUAGAUUUAAGUGAUAUGCCACCGCCACCAGAUCAGUUCAAGGAAUUCCUAGAGAAAAUGCAGGCUAAUUCGGAAGAACCAGCGCCUGCUGAUCAAGUAGUACCUUCAGCUGAUUCGGCAAAGCAAAUCACCGAAAAUACAAUGUUGGAAGCUUUAGAGCAACGUUUAGACAAAUACAAAUCGGUGCAAGAGUCCGCUAAGGCGGAAGGAAAUGCCAGCAAAGCAAGAAGGUUCGGUAGAAUUGUGAACCAAUAUGAAGACGCCAUAAAAGCCUAUAAAGCAGGCCGAUCCGUACCAUAUGAUGAAUUACCUGUACCGCCUGGUUUUGGACCGCUACCACUGGAAAACUCAACACAGAAAUCGCCAUCGUCAUCUGACUCCUCAACGUCGUCGACGGCGUGCACUACAACCACACCAACAUCACCACAAGUCCAAACCACACCUGUCGUCGCCCCGAAGCCUCCGCCAAGAAAUGAGGAUCUGACAACUCGGACAUCAGGAAAUCAGCAAAAAAACAACUUGGCCGAACAGCAAAUGAAAAUUUUGCUUGCUCGUCAAAAGGAAUUUAAACUGGCCGCUUUAGAUGCAAAAAAGGCGGGUGAAAUUGACCAAGCCAAAGAAUACUUAAAAAUCUACAAAGGCUUCGAUGCCUUGUUGAAUGCUGCCAGCAGUGGCCUUCCCGUUGAUUUGAACACAUUGCCAGUACCGCCGUCUCAACGCGAAAAUUUAGAAGCAUCUUUUGCUAUUGUCACCGCUGAAGACUGCGAUCCAAACGAUGAUAUUUCUGAUAUACGCGUACGCGUAGAGGAACAAUUAGCUAAACAGCUAAUGAUGUGCAAAAAUACAAGAGAUCACCAUAAAGCUAUGGGUGACAUUGGCGGUAUGAAUCGCUUUGAAAAUUUAGCAUUAACAGUUCAAAAAGAUUUGGACUUGGUGCGUUAUUCGAAACGAAAAAAUUUCCCAUUACCGAAAUUUCACUACGAAAAACGCAGCUUUAACAUCGUUCACUGCAAUACAGAAUUGGCCGAUAAUGAAUUGGAGAUUGUGGUCGUGCGUGGCAUCAACUACAAUGUCCCGAAUCCCAAAGAAGUGGAUACAUACGUCAAAGUUGAAUGUCCUUUACUGAAUGACGAAACUUUCAGAGCCAAGACUACGCUAGUUAAAGACACGGAUUCGCCUGAAUACGAUCAACGAUUUAAAGUAGACAUUGUGAGAGGCAAUCGCCAAUUUCAGAGAAUUUUCAAACGCCAUGGUGUAAAGUUUGAAGUUUUUUCACGUGGAGGGUUCCUACGUUCAGAUAACCUAAUCGGUACGGCCACUGUGAAAUUGCAACCGCUGGAAACGAAAUGCGAUGUGCAUGAUACUUUUAAUCUGAUGGAAGGUCGCAAGGUUGUUGGUGGGAAACUAGAGAUUAAACUACGUCUCCGCAAUCCCAUUUUAACAAAACAAUUGGAGCAUUUAGAGGAAAAGUGGUUAGUAUUAGAUUCGUAGAAAGAUCGAGAUUUUUGAAACGUGUUGGAUAGUACUGCUUAUAAUUAGGUUGCUUUGUAAAUUUCCAUUUAUUUUUUAUAAGAAAUUAU